AUCUUAGUUGUUUGUACAGGGCCUUUCUUGGAAAUCUCAACUCACGUCCAUUAAACCUUUUCUAUAUAUUCCAUUCCAAGCUCCCCAGGCACUUCAUUCCUCAAAUAACAAUUCUCCAAAAUUUCCCAUAUCCUUUUUUUUUGGGUACUGGUUUCUCUUAUUACAUCAAACAUGGCAGCAAUUCCUCCAUCAGCUUCAGAAAACUCAUCAUCAGGUUUCCAGGAUUUCUUGCCUGUGAUGGCUGACAAGCUUGGAGGCGAUGGCCUGAUAGGGGAACUAUGCAAUGGGUUCAACCUGUUGAUGGAUAGUGAAAAGGGGGUCAUUACUUUUGAUAGCUUGAAGAAGAAUUCAGCCCUGUUGGGAUUACAGGGCUUGACAGAUGAUGAUUUAAGGUCAAUGAUAAAAGAAGGUGAUUUUGAUGGUGAUGGGGCACUUAAUCAGAUGGAGUUUUGUGUGUUGAUGUUCAGGUUGAGCCCUGAGUUGAUGGAAGCAUCUAGGUUUUUGUUUGAAGAAGCUUUUGAACAAGAAUUCAAGGAUUUUCAUUGAUAUUUUGGCCCUUUCGUUUUUUCUUUUUGUUUUCUUUUGUUGUAAUGAAAUUUUUGAAUAUAUACUAAGAACAGAAAAAGAAAUUUGCAUUGGCUCUCACUUUUUUGUUUUUCAUUUAUUCAUUUGUUGAAGUAUGCAGAUAUACUGAUUCAUCAAUAAUCAGGCUAUUAGUUGAUUAUAGUGGCAAAAUCUGUUUUUGCUAAAAAUUAAGUGCUUUUGUCUAUUUUCUCUAAAUUUCAAAAAAAAAAAAAAAA